AUGUCCCCCAACAAGCACCCCAAUGGCACCAGCCACUUCCCCCAGAAGCUCAAGAACUUCUUCCGCAUCAACAGCAAUCCCACCAAUGGCGAGAAGAACGACGGCGCCGUCAAGGCCGAGAACAAGAGCUCCUUCCGACAAUCCAAGUUCUUCUCAGGGGGCGGACGGAAUCGCUCCACCACCGUGGCCAGCGAGGGCAAUGCCUUGGAUGAUGCCGUCAGUCCCACCGCCCAUGCGAACCCCUACUUCGUACACCAGGGCCCCCCCGCGUUACGGCAUCACAAUGACGGCUCCGUCCCCCCCAGUCCGCCAGACACGCCGACGCUGAAGGUCAAUGGCGUGUCGGGUGCCAACGACCAGGCGACCAUAGCUCGCAAGGAGGAACUGGCUCGGAAACUGAGGAGGGUCGCCAGUGCGCCGAAUGCACAAGGCCUCUUCGCCAGCGGCAACGGCAAAGGUGGUGAGGAUAGACCGGGCACGGCUGAGCUGGGCAAGGAGCCAUUGGCGAUGACCCAGACUGCCAGCACGAGCAUGCUAUCUCUGGUUGAUAAGCAAGUGUCCAACGGCAGCACCCUCACAAUCCCCACGCAAGAUGGACUCGGAGCCCUGCAGCCACCCAAUCUGCGGAAUACUAUCGCAUUUAGGAGGACGUACAGCUCGAAUUCCAUCAAGGUGCGGAAUGUUGAGGUCGGGCCAUCAAGCUUCGACAAGAUCAAGUUGAUCGGCAAGGGAGAUGUCGGGAAGGUCUACUUGGUGCGGGAAAAGAAGAGCAGUCGGCUUUAUGCCAUGAAAGUCCUGAGCAAGAAGGAGAUGAUCAAGCGGAACAAGAUCAAGAGAGCCUUGGCCGAGCAGGAGAUCUUGGCCACGAGCAACCACCCGUUCAUUGUUACGCUUUACCACUCGUUCCAGUCGGAGGACCAUCUAUACCUGUGCAUGGAAUACUGCAGCGGUGGAGAGUUCUUUAGGGCGCUACAGACCCGGCCGGGGAAAUGCAUACCGGAAGACGAUGCACGCUUCUACGCAGCGGAGGUUACUGCUGCGCUAGAAUAUCUGCAUCUGAUGGGAUUCAUCUACAGAGAUCUCAAACCAGAGAAUAUUCUGCUCCACCAAUCUGGUCAUAUCAUGCUAUCAGACUUUGAUCUGUCCAAGCAGUCGGACCCCGGUGGAAAACCAACGAUGAUCCCUGGUCGAAACGGUACGAACUCGAACUCGCUCCCCACAAUCGACACAAAGUCCUGUAUAGCGAACUUCCGAACGAAUUCCUUCGUUGGGACAGAGGAGUAUAUUGCACCGGAGGUCAUCAAGGGAUGUGGACAUACAAGCGCGGUGGAUUGGUGGACUCUCGGGAUCCUCGUCUACGAGAUGCUGUUCGGUACUACACCCUUCAAGGGCAAGAACCGCAAUGCUACGUUCGCCAACAUCCUGCGAGAUGAUGUGCCAUUCCCAGAGCACUCUGCAUCUCCUCAAAUCUCAAAUCUCUGCAAAUCCCUUAUCCGAAAACUCCUAAUCAAAGAUGAGAACCGUCGUCUCGGUGCCCGUGCCGGUGCUUCAGAUGUGAAAGGGCAUCCCUUCUUCCGAACCACGCAAUGGGCUUUGAUCCGCCACAUGAAACCACCUAUGAUACCCCACCAAGGACGAGGAAUCGAUACGGUUAACUUCCGAAAUGUGAAGGAGAGCGAGAGUGUCGAUAUCUCUGGAGGGAGAGCGAUUUCGACGAUGCCCAAGGGCGUGCCUCUUGAUUCAGGUCUGGCGACCCCCUCUGGGGAGGUGGUUGUUGAUCCAUUCGAGGAGUUCAACUCGGUGACUCUCCACCAUGAUGGAGACGAGCCUCAGCACGAGGAUCUCCAUAACGGACGGUACGAUGAUUAA